GUGGCGUGAAGCAUUUUGUAGCACUAAGUGGACCGUACGUCGUGCGUAUGUAGGAAGAAAAAUUAUAAUAUGGUUUGUGUAAUUUUAAGGUUAUAUGACCGUUAGAAAGUUUUAGCAGCGUUCAUCAGAAAUGUUGUCAACAAUCGUGAAAGAACAUCAGGCAAAGCAAGCGGUGAGGAAAGAAAGACAAGAACAAAAGAGGAAGGAGGCUGUUCAGGCUGCGAGUAACUUGACACAAGCCCUCGUUGACCAUUUGAAUGUUGGCGUGGCUCAAGCGUAUUUGAACCAGAAGAAACUAGAUGCAGAGGCAAAGCAGCUGCAACACAGUGCAACUAAUUUCGCUAAACAAACACAGUUAUGGUUGAAUCUGGUGGAGUCAUUUUCUAGUUCCCUAAAAGAAAUUGGAGAUGCAGAGAAUUGGGCACGGAGUAUAGAAGGAGAUAUGAGAACAAUAGCUACUGCCUUAGAAUAUUCGUACAAAGCCACACAAGAGAAUCAAAGUAUUGGCAACGGAUGAAGCCCAUCAAAGAUAUGAUUCCAUUAUGUAAAAGUAAUUCUAUUAUGUAAAGUAUUAUGUAAAAGUUUUCUUACAAUUGUAUGAUGUUAAGAAAUUUAUUUAUGUUAAAUUACUAAUUAUCACAAUUUACUAAAAAUUACAAUAAGAAGAAGAUAUGUAUAUGAUUUUUGUUACAGUCAAACAUUUGAACUGGUAUUCUGUUUUAAUUAGAGGAAUAUUUAUAAAACAAUUUGCUAGAAAAAAA